AUGGACGAAGCCAAACGAGUUCUGCUCGGAACGAUUUAUUCAAGCGAGCGAAAUCUGCGUGAUGCGCUUCAAGUAAUUGUUGAUGAUGUUAGCGAUCUUGAGCUUGCCUGGCCAUCCAUGACACCCUUGUUGCGGCGCCAUCACCAAGAAGCGCUGACGGAGCUACUUACUGGAGUAACUGAUACGUUGACUAAAAAUUCUCUGAUGUCCAAAAACAUAACCGGUAUUACCAGCUUCAAGGACAAUGAUGCCGUAGAUCAAUUUUUCCAAAACUGUGAAAUUCCCAAUCACCAUGACCUGAAGGUGCUUAUGAAAAGCGUUGACGAGGAAGAGGCAAGAUUACAAUGGUGGUUUAGAUGGAGGCGAAAUAGAGCCAGCCACCAAAAUUGGGUCGCUGGCAGCAGGUCUCUUUCCACUGUGAGGGCCUUCUUGGAAUUUGACAUCCAGUUCUUUGAAGCGAAUGUCCGCGAGAAGAUGAAAGCUUUGCAGAUUGCGAGACAAUUUGCGGAAGCCUAUGGCGGUAAUAUUGAAGAUGACGAAGAACUGGAAGAGGAGUACUUUGAAUCUGAUGAGAUCUACGAAAGCGACGCUUUGGGUGAAUGA